AUGGGUCAAGAAUUUUGGUCCUUGUUUCAGCUGGAAACAAAGAAAUUGCUAUGGUUUAUUGGCACUACUUUUGCAGUGAUCAUAGCUUUUCAGUAUCUUGAGCUUCCAUAUGGUAAUGUUGUACUCCCUUUAUUCUCUGCUGGCAAGAUACCAACAUCAGGAAGUAGUAUCUUGCAAGCUACAGAUCCGCUGUCUGAGUCCGAAAUUGUUAACAAUGUGACAAUUCUCAAUGGAGCAAACUCUAUUGGUGAAAAUGCACUUGAGAUAGCUAAUAAAACUAGGAUGCCUGGGGAAAAGGACACUACUCCAAGAACUGGUUUUGUCUUGGAACCAGAAAGUCCACAAAACAAAUCUCUAGGAUAUGAUGAUUCAUAUGCAUAUUCUCCUUCGCCUUCUCCCGAAAAAGCACCAUCAUAUUUAACUCCACCUUUCAGUCCUACAACAAAUGUGACCCCAAAUGUCACAACUGCAUUGUUAUCAAAUGAUUCCAAAAUAUCUUCACUUCAGAAAGACAACAUAACUAAUUCCAUCAAGGAAGAGAGUUUCAGGCCAUCACAAAAUGAUGGCAAUAUACUGGGCAAGAAUUCCUCCAUCAACACUGUCCCUAAGGAGAAUCAAGAUUCUCAUAUACCAAUUCCAGAAGUAACAUCUAUAUCUGAAAUGAGCAAGUUAUUGCUUCAAAGCCAUGCUUCAUAUCGCUCUAUGAGGCCAAGGUGGUUUUCAGCUGUUGAUCAAGAGCUACUACAGGCCAGAUCAGAGAUUGAAAAUGCACCUAUUGUAAAGAAUGAUCCAAAUCUUUAUGCUCCUCUUUAUCAAAAUGUUUCCAUGUUCAAGAGGAGCUAUGAGUUAAUGGAAAAGACUCUCAAAGUCUUUGUAUACAGAGAAGGAGCUAGACCCAUACUGCAUUCACCAUUUCUCACAGGAAUUUAUGCUUCUGAGGGAUGGUUCAUGAAGCUGAUGGAAGCUAACAAAAGAUUUGUAACUAAAGACCCAAAGAAAGCACACUUGUUUUACUUACCUUUCAGUUCUCGAAUGCUAGAGGAAACCUUGUAUAUACAGGGAUCACAUAGUCAUAAGAACCUGAUUCAGUAUCUUGAUAAUUAUGUAGACAUGAUUGCAGGGAAACACCCUUUCUGGAAUAGAACUGAAGGUGCUGAUCAUUUUCUUGUAGCUUGCCAUGACUGGGCACCAGCAGAAACAAAGGUGCACAUGGCUAAGUGCAUAAAAGCCCUUUGCAAUGCUGAUGUAAAAGAAGGCUUUGUCUUUGGGAAGGAUGCAUCUCUUCCUGAAACGUAUGUCCGCAAUGCUCAAAAUCCCACUAGGGAACUUGGUGGGAAUCCAGCUUCCAAGAAAACAACUCUGGCCUUUUUUGCAGGGAAAAUGCAUGGUUAUGUUAGGCCAAUUUUGUUGCAGCACUGGGAAAAUAAAGAUCCUGAGAUGAAGAUCUUUGGGAAAAUGCCUAAGUCUAAGGGAAAUAAGGAUUACAUCCAGUACAUGAAGAGCAGCAAGUACUGUAUUUGUGCAAAAGGUUAUGAAGUGAACAGUCCAAGAGUUGUGGAAGCCAUUUUCUAUGAAUGUGUUCCAGUUAUUAUAUCUGACAAUUUUGUACCACCCUUUUUUGAGGUUUUGAAUUGGGAGUCCUUUGCUGUAAUUGUACAGCAGCAUUUCCUUUGGCACAAGGACCCUGUCAAGUAUGAUAUAUUUCACAUGAUACUUCAUUCUAUUUGGUACAACAGAGUCUUCUCUGCACCAGCUACAUAA